CGUUCGCCCUCCCUUCUUCAGUUUUGUGCGAAAGCAGUGAUGUGAUGUGUUUCGUGUUUGGUUUCGCGAGUGCUGGAAAAAAGUGAUUUGUGCAUCGAAAAAAGCAUUUUCCCUGAGGAAAUCCAUCGUUUUCGUCGGUCCUGCGUGCAUUUCCGCUGUCCGCGUUAGCCGUGCGCCGUUUGCGUCACCAUGGCCGAUCCGCUAAGUCUGCUCCGGCAGUACAACAUCAACAAGAAGGAAAUCAUCGAACGCGAUGGCCAGAUCAUAUUUGGCGAGUUUUCCUGGCCGAAAAAUGUCAAAACCAACUAUCUGAAAUACGGAUCCGGCAAAAAGGGAGCUCCCAAAGAGUACUACACACUGGAAUGUUUGCUGUACAUUUUGAAGAAUGUGGCGCUACAGCACUCGGUUUACGUUCGACAAGCAGCUGCGGAGGACAUUCCUGCCGUAAAUCGUCCAGAUCGUAAGGAACUGUUGCAAUAUCUCAAUGGCGAAACGAAUACCUGUGCCAGUAUCGACAAGAGCGCCCCGCUGGAGAUUCCGACUCAAAUUAAAAGACCGGCCGAAUCGGAUACGUUGGAUAAUCUCGCCAAAAAGGCACGUUAUGAGGAUACCCAGGUGCAGAAGGUCAAGGAACAGCUGGCAGCUCGUCUCGAUGUCAACAAGAAGGAAGCUUCCGUCAACAUUGACAACAUCAAAUCUCUCUCGGAGACUAUGUCCGUAGAGAAGAUUGCGGCCAUCAAAGCGAAACGUUUAGCCAACAAAAAGGUCACGAUCAAACGGACCGAUAAUGACGAUACGAUGGGCGUUGGACCGGAUUUGAGAGCCAUUCUUGAUUUCGAUGUCGAUUCCACUAAGGACAUCAUCAGCAGGGAACGUCAAUGGCGCACACGAACGACAAUCCUGCAGAGCAACGGUAAAAUCUUUGCCAAAAACAUCUUGGCUAUUCUUCAAGGCAUUAAGAAUCGCGAAGAAGGCCGAGGUCGGCCUCAGGCACCGGCCAUUAAACUACCGGAGCCGCCGCGUGUAAUUCGUCCUCAACCGCAGCCCGCACAGUAUAACCGUUACGAUCAGGAACGGUUCAACCGUCAAAAGGAGGAAACCGAAGGGUUCAAGAUCGAUACCAUGGGUACCUAUCACGGAAUGUCCCUCAAAUUGGUGACGGAAGGCUCCGCUGCGCAGAAGAAAGCCCAACAGCAAAACAAUAACAACAACCCAAUAUCGGCAAAUCUUCCACCGGGGCGACCGAAGGAUAUGCUUCCGAGCGCACAGGCACGUAUGGUGCCUCAAAAUGCCAACAACAGCAGCAGCAGCAGCAACAAACGGCAAAGCAAAACACCCAUCAUCAUUAUUCCGGCGGCCACGACUAGUUUGAUCACGAUGUACAAUGCGCGGGACAUUUUGCAGGAUCUGAAGUUCGUUACAUCUGAAGAGAAAAAGGCCAAGGGCUGCGCUCGCGAGAACGAAGUGCUGAUACAGCGCCAAAAAUCCGCUGGCAUGACCGUUCCCUAUCGGGUUAUCGACAACCCGGCCAAGCUGACGGCCCAGGAUUGGAACCGCGUUGUAGGUGUGUUCGUGAUGGGUCCGGCUUGGCAGUUCAAGGGCUGGCCCUGGGAUGGCAAUCCGGUUGAAAUUUUCUCGAAAGUUGCUGCGUUCCAUUUGCGAUACGAUGAAAUGAAACUGGACGCCAACGUUGCCCGCUGGGCUGUAACGGUGCUGAACGUAUCGCGUACCAAGCGGCAUCUGGACAAGGCUUCCAUUAUGGUAUUCUGGGAGAAGCUGGAUCUGUACAUGACCAAGUACAAGCCGGAUCUUCGUUUCUAAGAUCGUGUUCAAUCGAUGCCCCUAACUGAAAGCAAAUUGAGUUGCGGAAAAGUUUAUGAUUUAAUUGUAAUUCUCUAGUUUAUCCAAGCGGACAGAAUUCAAUAUGAUGUUUUUGCUAAAUAUAUACAGUUAGACAUGGGAAGCGCCGUCUCAACAUUCGCAAGUUUGCAAAUAAUAACUGCGACAAACACAUACAUACUAGAGUUUUAGAUUAUUUCUUGUACUGUAAGAAAGAAUGAGUAGAAUCGACAAGGCAUGUAUCGCUGUCACUUCGAAUUAAGUAAUUUCAUUCAUAGAAUCAAUAAAGAUACUUUAAACAUU